CGUACCGUCGCACGUCAUGACGCAUACGGCUGCGGCGCUGUGAAGCGGCGUCGGUUACAGACGCAUCAGGUACAGAGUUGUGAAGUCUUAGAUCGUUAUCUGUAUCAUUUACGAAGAUAAAGUCGCCCACGCCGUUGACUUCGUGCGUUCUCAAGGAAUUAAUUGGUAUGGAGACUGAUGGUUUGAUGGCAGGGGAACAAGAGCCAGUUCCUCAAACACCGCCUCUGUGCCGCUUCUUCUCUCAGGGAAGACACUGCAGUUUUGGAAAGAAGUGUAAAUUUCUGCAUGUAAGAGAUGAAGGCGGUACCGAAGAGAUGGAUACGACACCAGGCCAACCAAACCCAGAGGGCCCUGCUGGAUGCGAAGCUCCAAGGCCUCCUGCCACCACCAAAUCUAGCGCUGCUCCGGCAGCUGGGCGCCGCCGCCCCUGCCGCUACUUCAUGUCGGGCCACUGUACCAUGGAGAACCGGUGUCGCUUCUGGCAUCCGCCGCAGUUUCCCCCAGUGGAUGACCUUCCUGUUGCAGGCAGGUGUACAGCACGUGUUCAGAGGAUGCCGGCACCGCGCCCUGGCCUCCGUCAGGAGGCCAAGCUGUGUGACCUGACGGAGGAGGUGGCCAAAGAGCUACGAGACACCGAGAUCAAGCAGCUGAUGAAGCGUUUUCCCAAAGACCAGCUGAUUGUUCAGGAACGAGACGAUGGCAAAGUUACGUAUUACAGGGCGACAGUAGAGGCCACUGAUCCAGACUGGCCAUUUGACCUAAAAGAAGUUGACAUCAUGGUGACCUUCCCAGACAAUUAUCCACAGGAGAUUUUCACACUGGACGUACCACUGGACCAGGAUCUGCCACCAGUAAUGGCAAAAUAUGUACAGCAAGCAUCUACGGAGUGGCUUCAGGCAAAGCAUGCAACUAAUGAGCUUCUAGGAAAGGUGGAGCUGCUCUUCCUGCCUUUCCUUCGCUGGCUUGAUCGCAGUAUGGAGAGACUUUUUACUGAAGGCGCCAGGCAGUUGAAAAAAGACAUUGAUUUAGAAAAGGCUGGACUGCAGUUCAUACCAUACCAGGAUCUCCAGGCAACAGUGGGUUUGCCUGGCUCUGCUCUCGGUGCAGAUCAGGACUCCAGCAAUGAAAGGGAAAUGGAAAAGACAGAAGUUGAGGGGUCAGUGGACGUAGACAUGUUAGUGCAGCAGGAGGAUCAAGGCUGUGAUGAACGCGAGCAGCAGGAAGAAGCAACUCACCUGGUGGAAAACAUUAGGAUCAGCGAUCCCCGCAAAGGCACAGAGGUGAAGUUGUUGGGACUGAGACUGGGGGAGAACACAGCCACAGUUGCUGCCCAGCAGAUCACGGUUUGCCUUCAGUGUAAUCGGUGUAAGGUGACGGCAGACCUGACACUCACAGGAAGGACUCCCUGCACAGCUCAGUGUGAAAAGUGCAAUGCAAGCAUCAACGCUGCAUUCAGGCCCUGCAUGCUGCACCAUUACAGUGAUGUCAUGGGAUACCUGGACCUCCACAAUGCUGCACCUGCUGAUCUGGUGCUUCAGGAGUGUGUGCUCAUUGUAGGCUGCCUCAACUGCUCCCAGGAGGCUCCUUUGCAGAAUCUUUCCUAUGGGCAAACUAAGGAGUUUAACUGUGAACAGUGCCACAACAAACUUAGUAUCCUGGCUGAGAGCACAAAGUUCCAGUAUAUUCAGCCUCGUGUCGUCAAAACAGAUUCUAAUGCUGGUAAUUAUAAGACAAUAAGAGACCCUGCUGUGCAAAGAGGAAAAGCGCUGCCAGAAAAAGGAACAUGCAAACAUUUUAAACAGAGCCAUCGCUGGCUAAGGUUCCCCUGCUGUGGACGCGCCUACCCCUGUGAUGUGUGCCAUGACGAGGAUCAGGACCACCCCAUGGAACUUGCCACGAGGAUGAUCUGUGGAUUCUGUGCCAAGGAACAGCCGUAUGGAAAUGGAAAACCUUGCGUCAGCUGUGGAAGCAUGAUGACACGCGGCACACGCACCAGCCACUGGGAGGGAGGACUGGGCUGCAGAAACAAAGCCAAAAUGAGCAGAAACGAUCGACAGAAGUACAACAACAUCAACAAAACUGUCUCGAAGAAAGCAGCCAACGAAAAGAAGUAGAAGUGCAUUUAUCUGAGAACAGAUGUGACGAACCAUAAUUUCAAUGAAAUUAAAUAAUGAAUCCUUAAAUCGUCCUGUCACUGAAUGAAUAAUCGGUUCAAUCAGAAACACUCAGAUCAAAUGUUUGUGAAUCAAACUAAAAUGAUCAAUAAACACACCACAUUUAAAUAAUAUCUUUAUUUGUCACAGGAAAUAAAAAAGCAAACCAAGAAUGUA